AUGGCACCUAGUCUAACCUCGACUUUAAGACGCUUUGGAUGCUUUGUACCUAGUAAAGGACCAAAAUCAUGGAAGGUUUUUGAGCAAGGACCCAGUGGACCUCCAAUUAUCAUGACCAUGUUUGAAUCUGGUCAUCUGCUGGUGCUGCGAGGGCAAGAGACCUUGGGUACAAUCUCUUUGAACGAGGGCUCCAAUUCUCUUAAGGUGCAGCACAAAAAUGAUAACCUGAUGUUUCGAUUUACAGUAAAGGGGGAGAACUGCAUGAUGAGGAUGCAGUUUGCUGGGAGCAGCACAGCAGAGGCCCUAAAUCAGUGUUCAAGGGCUGUGGAAAAGUUGAUGGAGUAUGUUCCUGUCACCGCUGUGGAAGUUUCUGCUACACAUCCAAAUCAGCCCCCCACUGAGGACCCACCAGCUGCACAGCAGUCACGUCAAGAAGAAACUGGGCAGGGAGAGGCUGGAGCUGUCCAAGGUGCUGUGUCCAUCAGGCGUCUAACCCAGCACUUCAUGGGAGAAGCUCCUCUGGCUCUCCCCAACAUAUAUAGGCACAAUUCAUUUGCAUUAGGUGAUAUGGAGGCCUUCCUGCGUGUGUGUCUGCUGGAUCCCAGCUUCCCUGCGUUUGUAGAGAAGGUGCAGGAGGAACUGGAGAAACUGACUGAAGAAUGA